AUGAACGAGAAGAAUGACACCCUAUAUGAUCCAACUAUCGAAGACUCAUAUUCUGUCACCCGGACCGUUGACGGCCGUCCCUACUUCCUCUCCCUAACCGAUACCGCUGGUCAAGAAGAAUAUCGUGGUCUAUGGGCAACAUCUAACCUUAAAUCGGAUGCUUUCCUUAUUGUUUACGAUAUCACGAAUUCCUCCACCUUGGACGCCCUGGAUUACUUUAUGGAUAUGAUCGAUGUGGAAGCCGAAAACAGAAUUGAGAGCAAUGAGCGGUUGAUAAAGCAGCUAUCAAAGAAAAAUACUGGCAAGGACCAAAUUGCUGUUGGAAUGGCCCCGCCAGUGACGAUUGUUGCUGGGAAUAAGUGCGACCUCAAAGAUGCCAGAGUUGUGAGUGCUAGACAGGGUUUAGAAUGGGCUCGAAAACGCGGAUGUGGGUUUAUGGAAACAAGCGCUCGAGAAAUGGUUAAUAUCGAAGAGACAUUUGCAUUAAUCGUUCGACGUGUUGUUGAGGCACGACGUAUCCACCAUUUGCAACAGUUUCCACCCAGUCAGCAACCCUCGCAGCCUUUGACCUCGCGCCCACCACCAAUAGAGCGCACGACCUCCCAACUCAUUGCGCACUCUCACACACCUCCUCUGACAGCUCAUGAGCAAGCUUUGGGUGACGAGAUUUAUACAAAGAAACAACAUGGCUCAGAUUGGUUAGGUCUACGAAGGGCUUUUUCAAAGAGAAUAUUGAAAAUUCGAAAGGAGGGCGAUAGUCAAACGUCUACUACUCCAACACAACGGAAUCAAUCGGUGGCAGAGUCAACGAAGACUUCAAGAUCCAAUCAGCAAAAAGACUCAAGUGCCCUAAAUCAAAUAAAUGAAGUAGUCAUUACGACCCAACAAAAUUGGCCGCCUGCUUCUGACAUCGAUAACACCCGCCCGGAAAGAGAUAUCGAUACAAACUUUCCUAAAAAACCAUGGUGGAAACGCCUGGAUUGCGCUCGCCCUUAA